ACGGACCACGCGGCGGGCGGGGGCGCGCGGAGGAGGAGGAGGAGGGCGCGCCUGCUGCUUCCGGGAGGGGCUCACCUGGCCGGAGCUGUCCCGGACGCGCCGCCACCUGCCGCCCCGACGCCGGGCCGGGCCUGCCGAUGCGGGAGCGGAGGUGACCCGGCGACAUGGCGCUGUGGGGCCGCAUCGCCCUGGGGCUGCUCUGCGGCCUCGUCCUGCCGCCGCCGGGCCCCGCCGAGGGCCCCCCCGGCUCCCACGGCUCGCACCUGGACGAGGCCACGCUGGAAGAGUUCUGCCGCAUCGACCGGCCCCUGUGCCAGCAAGAGGAGGAGCAGCUCAGCUUCGAAGCCGUGCGCAACAUCCACAAGCAGAUGGACGACGACGCGAAUGGCAAUGUGGACGUGGAGGAGAGCGAUGAGUUCCUGCGGGAAGACCUGAAUUACCACGACCCGACCAUCAAGCACAGCACCUUCCACGGGGAGGACAAGCUCAUCAGCGUGGAAGAUCUUUGGAAGGCCUGGAAGGCGUCGGAAGUCUACAACUGGACGGUGGAGGAGGUCGUGCAGUGGCUGAUCACCUACGUGGAGCUCCCCCAGUACGAAGAGACCUUCCGGAAGCUUCAGCUCACGGGCCACGCCAUGCCCAGGCUGGCGAUCACCAACGCCACCAUGACGGGGACGCUGCUGAAGAUGACCGACCGGAGCCACCGGCAGAAGCUGCAGCUGAAAGCUCUGGACACGGUGCUCUUUGGCCCGCCUCUCUUGACCCGCCACAACCACCUGAAGGACUUCAUGCUGGUGGUGUCCAUCGUGAUUGGCGUGGGCGGCUGCUGGUUUGCCUACAUCCAGAACCGCUACUCCAAGGAGCACAUGAAGAAGAUGAUGAAGGACCUGGAGGGCCUCCACCGGGCGGAGCAGAGCCUCCACGACCUCCAGGAAAGGCUGCAGAAGGCGCAGGAGGAGCACCGCUCGGUGGAGGUGGAGAAGGUCUCCCUGGAGAAGCGGCUGCAGGAUGAGAUCAGCAUCGCCAAGCAAGAGGCCCACCGGCUCCGGGAGCUGCGCGAGGGCACCGAGAACGAGCUCAGCCGGCAGAAGUACGCGGAGCAGGAGCUGGAGCAGGUGCGCAUGGCCCUCCGUAAUGCCGAGAAGGAGCUGGAGUCGCACAGCAGCUGGGCGGCCCCCGGGGCCCUCCAGAAGUGGCUGCAGCUGACGCACGAGGUGGAGGUGCAGUACUACAACGUCAAGAAGCAGAACGCGGAGAAGCAGCUGCUCCUGGCCAAGGAGGGGGCCGAAAAGAUCAAGAAGAAGCGCAACACCCUCUUUGGCACCUUCCACGUGGCCCACAGCUCCUCCCUGGACGACGUGGACCACAAGAUCCUGACCGCCAAGCAGGCGCUGAGCGAGGUGACGGCCGCCUUGCGGGAGCGGCUGCACCGCUGGCAGCAGAUCGAGCUGCUCUGCGGCUUCCAGAUCGUCAGCAACCCCGGGAUCCCCACGCUGGUCUCGGCCCUCAACAUCGACCCCAGCUGGAUGGGGGGGGCCCCCCCGCGCCCCAACCCCUCCCACUUCAUCAUGACGGACGACCUGGACGACCUGGACGAGGAGAUGGUCUCCCCCGUCUCCAUGCAGUACGUGGCCCUGCUUUUGGGGCGCCAGUCCAGCGACCGCUCCGCCCCCUGCUUGGAGGACCAGGCCUUCUGCAAGGACCCCGCUCCCGCCUUGCCCAGCAGCGUCAUUCGCCAGCGCCUGAUGGACCCCCAGCAUUCCUUGGGAUCGCAGAGGGACCUGGCCCACUCGGACUCGGACUCCUCCAUCCCGCACCUGGGCGACCUCCAGCGGGCAGCCAUUUCCGCACCCAAGCUGCGCCCCGCCCUGCUGCACAAGCCGGCUGAGGAACAUCCGCACCAACCGGAGCCCGCCGAGUUGGAGAGCCCGCUGACGAUGAAGAAGGUGCCCCCCUUCAACCACCACCACGGGGGGCUGGAGAAGGCGGCCAGCCUGGGGGAGCUGGGGCCGUCGGGGGCCCGUUCGGGGGACUCCUCUCGGUCACACAGCCCCAGCUCCACGGAGCCCGACACCCCCUCACCGCCUGCCAACGGCCGCACCGCCCUCUCCCUCCUGCCUGGCAAGGCGAACAGCCGCAUCCCCCACCUGGCGGCCAAGAAGACGGCGGGAGAGGAGGACAGUGGCUCCACCGGCGAGGAGACGGACUCGGGCCCCGGCAAGAAGAAGUUCCCCCUAAAGAUCUUUAAGAAGCCACGGAAGUAGCCGGAGGACACGGAAGGACCGGGCAAGCCGCCCGUGGCUGCCCUCCGCCGGAACGCCUGGACGGAGUGACAGAGACACUCUUGCUGGGGGGGCCUCCUGGGGCCAGAGGGCCCUGCUUGGCUGCGCAUGGCUUGCACCCGCUGCCCCCCUUCUGCCUGCUGCUGCCCUCCAUGCGGCCAGGGCAGGGGAACCCCAAGAGGCGCCCCUGGACUACUGCGGCCUUCCCCCGGGAGUGGAACCAAAGCUUCGUGGCUGCCCUGUGCAGCCGAGUACAGGAGGGCGAUGCCUCAGGCUCCUGGCUGCGUCCUGGACCGGCCGGAGUGGCCACACAGGAGCCCGUCUCGCUGGGUCUCAGGGCAAGGAGGAAGGCGGCCGCCUGGCCAGCAAGGCUGCGGAGGGGCUGCCCAGGCACCGAAGGGGGGCAGCUCCUGGGGCCGGCCAGCUGCUUUCGUAAAACUGUUUUGAAUCUAAUAAAGCAUGUAGACUAUUUUAAUAA